CCUGCGAUCAAUGGCGGCGUUGUCAUGGCUGCGCCCCGCGGCGGAAAGACGCUUGAAGUGGAGUAAAUAUCGCUAUGAUCACUGGAGGUGUGCACCACUGAUUGCAGCUCGCAUAAGCGGUUCAGUGCUGGUCGUGAACCUUGCACCAGUCCACCACCAAAAUGUCCGCCAGUCUCUUUGAUGUUCGACUAGCAGGCCAAGAGAAAACACCUGUUAGUUCUUAGGAGUCCUACAUGAAAGGACAAGCAUCACCCUACUGAUAUUGAGUUAUCUCGUGAUUACUUUGUAACCUCUGGCUCUCACAGAACUCCAGAACUCGAGACCAUCAAGUAAACAAGAUGGCAGACGUGUGACCGUGUCCGUUGCUGCAAAGAGACCGAGAAUUCAACGAAUCUCCAUCAAACUAACGGGCGCCUCAGCUACUACAGAAGUAGUGUUCACCUGGAUCCUCACGGACUACCUGGACAUCAACGGCUCGCUAUUCAAGUAGUGCAGUCGCAGGGUGGACGGGAGGUUAAACCCUUGUCAACUCUCAUGAUCGGGAUGUGCUAACCUCUGACCGGCAUCUGACUGCCAAAAUGGUGUCACUGUGAAAUGAGGUCAGUGACUGCUUAGUGACUGACCUCUUCGUGUCAUUAUGUCACAGACAAGCAAAGCUUCUUAUGGAUGAGAGCCAGGGAGUACGCCAUCCUUCCUUCAUUCCUUCAGAUCGAAUCACGCCUAACAACCUUCGACCUUCUCAUAUCUGAUGAGCGACUUUCACUCUCUACGUCAGACUCACGUGAAGCGAGCGACAAAACGUAGGCUUGUGUGCUGAUGACGUCACGAUCUGCUCUUCUGUGUGAGGACCGUUUAUCACCGUUUUCUUGUGUCGACUAACAGCGUUGUCAUGGCAACAAAAGUGACUGUUCAGAUUGAACCUCCAGAAAUUACCUUUGAGGACGUGGAAGAGUUCCUUGCCACAGAUAACCUGUUUGUGGAAUACUUCAACUACUACUUGGCCCUGCCUACAUUUCCAGAGCCGCUAUGCUUCAACCAGACCACUGGCGGCUUCGAGGUGGUGAGCCUCGCCCGGAAGGAACUGGCUCAGCAGAUCAAAGCUGCCGUCCGCUCGCAGCGCCGCGUGCCGCCCAUGUACCACGUGGUCAAGCAGCACGCCUUCCGGGACAUCCCGCUGAUCCCCAUCGUGCCACCCGAGGGACCCGAGAAGGUGGAGAUCGACACGGCCUUCAGCGUUACGACUCUGAACAAGGAGCAGGGAAUCCACUGGGUGAAGGCGGAGCGCCUACCGACCUUUCUACAGAGCGACUGCUACUUCGAGUAUCGCCUGGGCAGCCUGAUGUCGCAGGCGCAGCUGGUCGGUCGGCGCGGCGAGUUCGUGUUGAUGCAGGUGGACCGCACGCCCAGGCCGCGGAAGGUUCGCCCCAAACAGGAGGAGGUCCCCGUGGACUUUAAGGGUGUCAUGAUGAAGAACAUGUACGUCUGCAUGGGCAACGCUGUCGUCACUGACUCCGAUGUCUGGUUCUCGCAAGUUCAGAUGGCGAACCGGACGGAAGUGACGUAUGCGGUCCUGUCGAGGCCAGUCAGCGCUUCACGGCCCAUCAUUCCUACGCAGUCCCGUCCUCCAACCAGCUCCACCAGCUUGCGGCGCUCCGACAGCGCCCUCGGCAGUCCCUCCAAGAGCUCCGUCUUCUCCAGCUCCUUCUACGACAGCGGCGACGUCCUCAGCUUGUUGUCGCCAGACUCAGGCUUUGUGCGCGGCAGACGGCACCUUGAUGACGUCCUACGUGACGACAGUGACGGAGUUGACAGAAAGCCGUACACCCCCCGACCGGGGGAACCCGUCUGUGUAACGGCGGACUCCGAUGGUAACAGAAUGGACACCCACACUGUGUACUUCUCUCACAAGGUUGAGGCGACCGACAGCGAGUCUGGCGUUGACGAUGUUGAGGACGUGGAGGCUGAUGACUCUAAGACAGACGAAACGAGGGUUGAUAGAGGAGACGGGGGCGACGUUCACCGCAAGGUGCAGCAGACGUCAGCACCAGACGACGACCGUGCCGAGGUUGAGAUGACGAAGAACGAGGGCGGCGAUGGCAAAGUCAUCGUCCUCAACAGCCUGGAGGACCUCAGCGCUGUCAUUGUGGGGGCCGUUAUGAAAAAGGCCAUGGCCGAACUGUCCAGGAUGAACCAGGGACAAGUGCAGCGAGACCCCAGAAUUUAUGGAAUCUUCCCGAAAACCAGGUAUUCACAUAUCUCCACGGACAUGCUCGAUAACGUGGUCGCCAUAGAGAAACCUGCCCACAAACCACCUCAAACCGCCACGGGCUCACCUGAACACAGACCUGCGGAAGUCUCGGCCUACAAGAAGCCGGAGGAGAGUGAUGUCGACUCACUCCUGGACAGCGAGGAGGACUACGAGGAACAGGACCGACCGUUCUUCCGGAAGAGAAAGGCGCGUAAAGCCCACAGCCUGAAGACGAGGCGCGGCCUGCAGCAGUUCAAGACAUUCCUGAAGGGCACUGCAGGCGAGGGGCUGUGGCACCUGUGGGUGGACAUCGACCGUCUCUUGCUGGUCGUGUCACCUGACGAGCAUGCUCAGUAUCUGUCACGCAUGCGCGAGCUGUAUCUUGUACAAGGAGCGAUGUACGAGAUCAGUUCAGAGAACAAAGUCAAGCUCGGCCUCAGUGACCCCGGGAAAUGGUCGGUCGACCUUCUUCGUACCGUGCAAACCGCAGUGGGCGAGUCCCUCCUUCUGUACUGGGCUCCCCGGUUCCUCCUGCAGCAGCUGAUCAACACCAACCCAGAGAAGUACCAGCACUACCGUGAACUGCUGAACCUGCGUUCGUCACAAAGUCUGUGUCGCUACAGUCGCCCCACACCCCGCCUGCCCCUGAGACCCAAGUCCUGCCAUCCCCGGGUACAGCGCCAGGUCGUGGUCCAGAGUCUCUGUGAGCAGCUGAAGCCAGAGGAUGACCUGCUGCUGCAGACCACUAGUCCCCCAGUGGGCAUGCGCAGAACGUAUGGACCGUCUGCUGUUGAACCACCCGGCCUCACCGCAACACCUACCCAGCCAGCACUGGUCUCCACGGCAACCAAGAAGCCAAGGGAUUUCCUUACGGCGCACCUGAAAGCUCAAGGCAUGAAAAUCAACCCUGCACAGCGCCCUCUCUCGGCGUCCAUGUCAAGCCGGACAAAACUGUCGUCAGCUGCGUCCCGCCCCAAGUCGGCCCGACCUCCCACCAGCCUCUCCCAGCCCCGCAGCCGUCCGCACACUGCCAAGUCCUCAUCGUCUUCAUCCUCGGAUUCGUGGGAGUCGGGGUCCAUACGGUCCCUGGAGCAACGGGUGGACCGCGAGGGUGGCGCUCCUAGCGAGCGCCCUCUGACGGCUGUCAACAGAGGGCGUCAGGUGAGUCCAGCCAGCAGCAGCAGCACCACCAGCACCAGCAGCAGCAGCUCUGAAUUUCUGGGCAGUCAGCGGAUGGAGGCCCUGCUGCAGGCUCUUCACCUCGAGAAGGAGUCAGGCCGAGUCUUCCGCAAAUUCCUUCAGCGCUCCAACAACAAGCUGUGGCGGGACGCCUUACUUUUCUGGGAGGACGUACAAAGUUACCGCAUGAUGUUCUAUCAGGAUCGACUGGACCUCUACACCAUCAAAAAAUAUGCGCAUGCCAUCUACUCCAAGUACAUUGUCGGGUGCUCCGCAAGAAGCAUCGGGUGUCCUGGCCGGGUGCAGGAGGACGUGCGCAAGCGUCUGAACGCGCCUCAGGAGGAACUCUUUGACGAGACGGAGGAGGAGGUGCUGGAGACCCUGUAUGCGGCCUGGAUGGCCAGUCUGGGGUCAGACACCGUGACCUAUGACAAGGUAGAACUGAUGGAGACCAAGCGGCACCUGGAAACCAAGUCAACCUACGUCUUGCACCUGCAGCGCAGCGGGCUGAUCAAAGAGCGGCCGCCGACCCCUGAGCAGGCGGCGGACGGACAGGACGACCCCGUGUAUGACCCCGCCGUGUGGGACGAAGUGCCAGAGGAGUUCCACGAUUACACCCUCGAGAAGCUCGUGCACAAUCGGCUGGAACUGGAACAUUUCAAGCAGUUCCUGGCAGAAAAGUACGCGGACACGGACCUCAAGUGCUGGAUGGACAUCGAGGCCUGGCGCCGCAUCCCACCCACCGACGAGCGCAAGCGCGAGGCCAAAGCCAAGGACAUCAGGAAGAACUACCUGACCAAGAAAUACUUCUUUGGCCCCAACUCGCCUGCAGGAAAGAGCGGCCAGAAUCAGGUGAUGCAGGCAGGGGGAGGCUGGGGCAAGCUGCUGGAGGAUCGGCCGCCCAGCGCCGUGUUGCUGGAGGCACAGAAGUUCGUGCGCGAGCGCCUGGAGAAAAAAUGGCUGCCGCUCUUCCUCGCCAUCGACUCCUUCCUCGAGCGCCAGAAGCCAAAGACGCGCGUGGAUGAUGUCGUCGACGAUGUCCUCAUCCAGAAACGACGGCGCUCGAUGGCCGUGUGGAAGAUGUUGGAAAGCCGCUGGGUGUCGUCAUCCAAGGAAAUUUUCACUUUCCGAAAGGCGCUGAUGAACCCCGUGACGUCACAGCAGUUCCGGCGGUUCGUGUCCAUCAAGAGCGAUAAUCUGGAAAACGAUGUCCUCUUCUGGCAGGAGGUGCAAAAAUACAAGCAAAUGCACCACGUGCACACAGAAGACAGCAUGCUGACACAGAAGAUCGCCGCCAUCAUCAACUGUUUCAUCGACUCGCAAAUUCCACCGAGCCUGCAGGUGGACCUUCCACAGGAGAUGGCGGACAGGAUCCUGGACAGAAAGCACGAGCGUCCCUACCUGUUCCGCGAGGCACAGCUGGCUGUGUUCCGCAUCCUGUUUGGACACUGGAAAGACUUCUGUGAGCUGAGGCUGAAGCUGGGCGAGGACAAGGUGUUGCCCACAGUAGAGCGACUACGUCGACAUGCCAAAGCCAGAGAGAAGCAGAAGCAGGCGGAACUGGAGCAAAGACUGGAACAGGUCGAGCUACCUCCGAUGCCAGCGUGGAAGCAGACCCCAAUGUUCGCUAAAUUCGCUCCUCCAAAGGAAAGACUGCGCGCCGCCAGUGCAGCAGCGGACAGCUUGCUCCACGAUCCUUUCGCCUCCCAGGACAGCGAAGGGGAGGUGGAGGUGGCGCGCGACAAGGGGGAGAAGAUCGAGUUCUCCUACGCCAGCUACAUGCGCGAACUUCAUCGCGAGGAGCUCCUCAACAACAUCGACGAGAGCAUCUUCAGCUCCCUCACCGACUCCGGGUCGUCUAAAGAUAUGUCUCAGAACAACAUCAGCGGGAAACACCAACAACUUCAGAAUCUAGUGCAGCAACAGAGUCUAGAGCGCAUGGACGCCAGCAGCAGUCGACUGGUGGAGACGGAGAAAGCCCGGAUGAACCUUCCACCUAGAAGCAGUCAGUCCAGAAGUGGGCCGAGAAAAAUUCAACAACAGGAACUCUUGCAGAAAGAGGGACUUCCGUUGAGAGAAGAUACUGGCAUCUCCAUCAGCAACAAUAAUGGAGCCAGUGAACCCAUGCUGAGCGCCAGCAACAAUCGUUCCCAGAACGGCUCUCGCCAGAACGCGUCCUCUGCUCGGACAAGUGAUCAUCCUGCCAUCAGGCCGGCCAAAACCACGUCAUCUGUAAAGCAAACACGAUGACCUCCAUGAGCUUGGCAAUGGCUGAACGGGUAGAUGGGAGGCCACCUUGCCCAUAGUCCUCCAGUCCAGAAGAGGUCCCACCUCCCUUGUCUACACAGGAACUAUUGGUCUUCUGACGCCUGCACACGUGACCUGCACACUGGAAUGUCACCAGUCGACCCCCGACAAUCUGUUUCCUGUUUACAGUAUCCUGUCAACUCUACGUCCGAACAUUUUAUUGCGCACUGAAUGCAUCAGUAGUUUGUGGGCGACCUUAAAUUCGAGAAAAGUUGUUUUCAAACUGCUCACCACAAUGUCCACUGGUUCUUCUUUUCUACGCCGCGACUUUAUUUUCUUGAACGAAACAGGACGAUGUACAUUUUACUAUAGUGCAGAAUUAUUUAUUGAUUUCUUUAUGAAAAAUUUUAUUUUGCUAAUUUCAUAGGAUGUUUGUGUUGAUAGUUCACAUGGCUGGAGACGAUUUUCUGUGGACAAUACAUUCUUGUCAACAUAAAGCACUUCUUAGUGAAAUUACUAACCGAUAAACUUGACUGUGUGCACGACGAAAUCCGUGGGUUAUUCAUGUUGCAUAAACUGAAAAAUUGUUUUCCUGUUGGGAAUGACACAAUCGUGGUUAGGCCAGUUGAAGAACUCAAAAUGGAAGCUGAUCGCCUGAUCUGUAACUCUUUAGAUUGCCAAGACAAGCAUGAAAAGCUGUGCAAAGUACCUUGCAGUUAAAGACAGUAUCUUAUCGCACAUAUAAAUACUUGUAAGCCUACAAAUAAUUGUGUUACCCAUUCUAACACUUAUCAUAAUCCAUUAAAAUAUUGACUUAAUUUGAUCGUCAAGUUAUCAAACUUUUAUGGAGCGCGCGCACGCACGCGCACACACACACAUCUGCAGUACCAGCUACAUCUUUAGACAGCACCAACAUUUAUCAGUGUCGACACUGCUUCCUUCCGCACUCUCACCUAACACUAAAAGGAAGCACUAGGGAAGUGAACUCUGAAAAGCUACUUCCUCACAAAAGUAAGCCGACUAGCUAACUUAUGGCUUUAUAAAAUAUUUGUAUUUUUCACGCAGGAGAUAUCCACUGCGUCAGUUUGUAAAAAAGGCAUAAACAGAAUACAACAAUGGCCGAGACUAUUUAUUCCAAAAGUGCAUUAAAGAAUUACAACAUUACAAAUAAUCUUUUUUAAAAUUAUGUUCUGUGUAAGUACAACAUAUUUCCUAGUAUUAGUGAGUUAUCUUUACUCUUUCUUGUCACAUACCCAGCUGUUCCCCUCCAUCACCAUGCAAGGAAAAAGAUGAAACUCUGGUCACAGUAACUUACUGGAUUCGCUCCAGCUGAUGGAGAUAUGAAAGCAUAUAUUAAUUAGGCAUUCAUUCGUUCAUUCAUUCUGUGAUUGGCACCAGCUGUCAGACAGUACUGGUCGUCGGUAGGGAAGGGAGAAAGUGGAUGGAGCGGCUGAUAGGACACAGUUCAGGCCUGCGUGUGGCGGACAGUCCACGUCUUCACGAUUGCAAGGACAGUUCUUCCUCUGUGCAACUCGACGGAUGCUGGGUGCAUGCGUCCUCUGAUGGCAUCCUUUGAAUGUAUUUAUAUUUGUAUAUAUAUAUACGUGUGUGCGUGUAAAAGUUAAGUAAGAGAACAAGAAUUUCGCAGGACAGCAUUCGCCCCGAUGUUCCUCCCAGCGUGUGCCACUGUGUACUGUAUGUCGGUGUAGUCAACAUCACUGUAUGCUCUAAAAGUAGACGUCGAAGAAGCCGUUUCCUCCUUCUUGUUCUUUUUUCUCUCUCUCGCAUUGCACCCACACACAUACAUUCUCUCACCAGCUAUAUUUUGAGAUAUUUUAUUCGCCCUACCGAGGAUCCCUAGGGAACCCUAGUCUCUGAGUUGUCGGCGACCGAAUUCGGCCACCAGCGACCCACUAUCCAUUGUUGUAAAAAGCCUGGGGGUCUAUCGAGGUCGCUUCAAGUACUCGAACAGUGUACAAGAUCUUCGCUCACCUACGGGCAGGUGACAUACUUUUUACAUUUUAGGUCAGAGAAAGAGGUGAGAGCCAUCCAAUGAGUGAGCUAAAAAUAAAGCAGUUGUUAUCAAAUAGUCCCUACCCUUAAAACACCUUAGAGAUAGUUUUCAUUCCUAUAGCAAGUGUCCAUGGUGAAACUUUGAAACGGAGGCAUGCGUCAGCAUCUGUCUUUAAAAAAAAAGAAAUGAGUUUAGACUAGAAUUACAACAACUAAAAUUGUUGUAAACAGUUAAACUUGGUAGAUACUAGUUUUGCAAGCACCACGUUGAGUGAAGUGCCUGGAAACCACCGCAAACCAACAGCAUCUCCCUCCUUUCUUCUGUUUCUUCUUCGCUUCUAUUUUCAUACUGCAGGUGACAACCCCCCCCCCUUUUUUUUUUUUUUGGUGUUGUACUAGGUGUUCGGUAGGAGGUGUGUGUGUGUGUGCACUCGUGCGUUUGUAUGUGUGUGUAAAGAGGCCUGCACUUUUGAAAUGUGGUAACCGUUAGUUUCUUUCUUACAGACUCGCUUUGUAGACCUCCUGCGGACAGGAAACUUGUUAACAUAUGGCUCGCAAUCUGUUUUGCCGACAAAUAGCUUGGAACAUGAGACUAAAACAUUCACUAUUGCUUUACGAUAUUUUCUGCUGAUACCCCAGCAUUUGGGAUCAACAAUAAAUUUACCAACAUUG